AUGAGUCGAAACACUACCCCGAGUUCCGCAUCUACCGUUGUAUCACUGUCAGACGCUCAAGAUGGCACGACACACCGUCGUGACAACAUAGUCACCUCUACACAGGCUGCCGAGAUAGACUUUCUGAAAAGGCAGCUGGAAUCGUUGAGGCGGGCCAAAGUCCAGGCUAGCAAAAAGUCCGAUGAUUUGUUCCGGGAAAUUUCUGCCUGGUCGGAAAAGUUUGACAAGGAAAAAGCUAGAAGGACGCAAAGCGAGGAAAAAUUGUCGAAAGAACGCCGUGUAGUCAUUGGGCUCAAGAAGGAUAUGAAGGAGCUAAAGGAUAAGACUAAUAAGGAAGUGAGGGAGAUCAAGUCUCAUCUUGAAAAGGAGAGGAAGAUGUGGGUGGGACAGGGGCUAUCUACUAAUAGAAAGCCUAAGGGUGUUGUCCAAACUAGCGCCUCCAAUCUAGAAGGUCGCAUCAAGUAUCUGGAGAAGGAAAAUGCUCGACUAGAAUCGCUAACCAAGCACCACGAUUGCGAGAAGAUUUACGAGGAGGCCCAACAACAAAUCGAUGAUGCUAUGACCCUCCUGCAAGUUGCAGAAGCUGAGGUCGAGGAGCUGCGCUAUCUCGAGCGUGCCAACGAGGGGCUCAUGGAGACGCACGACGCUGAUUCAGAACAGAUUGAGGACCUAAUCUGUGAGGUAGAGCAUUGCAAAGCUACGAUCGAGAAACUCGAAAACGAGAUUGCUACUGCCGAUGAGCAGCGGAGCUUGGAAUCACCAACAUCUUCCGAUUCUGAUAUCUCCGAUAUCACACUCGGUGCGUCCCCCACGUCCAUCGAACCCUUGGAUGAAACCUCUGAAACUGAUUACCUUAGGCAGUCUCUCCACGACGUAGAAACUGAAAACGAAAACCUCAUCCGCGCAUUCGCCAAGCUCUCCCACGAGCACUGCAACACAAUGGCCGAACUAGACAAGCUUUCAGAACAGAUACUCUCGCUGCACCAUGCAAACCUCGACCUCGACGCUCGAAAUGACGUUCUAGAAUCCCACCUCCAAACCGCUGUCCAGCUUCUCCGCACCAAAAUCGAAGAGACCGAGGAGGACCGUCCGGCCCACCACCGCACUUACACUACCUUCUCAGACUCAGACUUUAUCGAUGACCUCCCUACCCCGAAUUCCAACUCCUCCAUCCCCGUCACUAUUCGCGUAUAUGAAAAACGUGACUGGCCCCUCCUUUACCACGUCCAACGCACCCUCUUCCGUACUUCUCCCUUGCAAGUCGACGGCCCUUCGCAUCUUGUGCGCGAGUUCGUGGCCACGAUGCAAGAUGCAGAUGCAGAGUUUCAGGAGACGAAGGAGCGGGUGGAGAAGUUGGAGCGGGCGUUUGAGAUGGGUGUGCAGGAGAUGGAGAAGUUGAAGAGGGUAGGUAGGGCUCUUGAUGGGGGUUUCUGGAAAUGGUAGAGUUGGAUUCAUGUGAUUAGAUGAUUUCUUUUGCGCUAUUCUGUUUCCAUAGGUGGAGUUAUUAGACUAGGGCUGGAAAUAGAUUUCAUAUAAAUGUAUCUGUUAGCGCAGCUGUCUUGAUGGUUCUUACACAUGGUGAAAGUGAUGCACACGUGAUGCCAGAAGGACUUGGAUCGGUCUAGCCUUUUUUUUCAAAAGUUUCGCAACGAUUCGAGAUGGGUGGUAGUGUCUUUUUUGGGUUUAAG